CACCAUUCCAAUCAGAAAAACCUAUUUAAGCAACUCGCAUCGAUCUCUCCGAAAUCGAAAUUUGUGGCCGCAGAGUGAAUCGGAAAUCGGCAGCGGAAUAAUGGGCAAUUUCGACGGCGACUCUGGGACGGUUUUCGAGCAGAGCUAUGCGACGACGAACGGAAACGGAAGAGUGCCGACGGAGACCAGUUCCCCGGAGAAACAGGAACUUCUACGGAAAUUCUCGGCACCCGCGUACACUGAAAUUCGCACGCGACGCUGCCAGCCGAAGGCCGCAAACGACGUCCAGAGUCCCAGCUCGAUCAACUACCAUCCGGAGAAGAAGUCGAUCCCCAACGGGCAUGCCUCCGUUCUGGAUCAGGAGUCCAAGCCCAACCAGGCAGAGGGCAAACUUUCGCCGGAGCUGGAGCACUUCCAGAAGACCUCCUUUGAGGAGGUGCCUCUGCACACCGCCUGCCUUACGUAUCUGGGAUUCUACCUGCUGAUGAUCCUGGGCUACAUCAACCAGCUGCUCUUCGUGCCCAAAGUGGCCACCGAGAAGGGUCGGGAUGGUUAUGUGGCCCUCUACGAUGCCUUCGAAAGCUUCUACUCGAGGUACGUUUACAGGAGGAUCAAGGAUUGCUGGAACCGACCCAUCUGCAGUGUUCCGGGAGAUGAGCUCACUCUGAAGGAUCGCGUGACUGAUGACUACGGAUGGAGUUUCAAGUUCACUGGAACGGAGACACGUUGCUUAAAUCUGGGAUCAUACAAUUAUCUGGGAUUUGCCGCCGCUACUGGACAGUGUGCCGAUGAUUCAGAGCAAAGUGCUCGGAACUCUGGAUUGGCCUACUGCAGCUCCCGCUGCGAGCUUGGUGACAACGAGCAGUUGCAAGAGCUGGAGGCUCUAACUGCCCGAUACUUUGGCGUGGAGGAUGCCAUUGUCUUUGGAAUGGGUUUCGCCACAAAUGCACUGAACCUUCCCUCACUGCUGGGACCCAACAGCCUUGUGAUCAGUGACGAAAAGAACCAUGCCUCCAUCAUUUUGGGGCUGCGUUUGUCCGGUGCCACCACCAAGGUCUUUAAGCACAACAAUAUGCGGGAUCUGGAGCGCGUGCUCCGCCAGGGUGUGUGCUAUGGAAAUCCCAAGAAGGGUGGUCAGCCAUGGGAUAAGGUCAUGAUCCUGGUCGAGGGCAUCUUCAGCAUGGAAGGAUCCAUAGUCCGAUUGCCCGAAGUUAUUGCACUAAAAAAGAAAUACAAAGCAUACUUGUAUCUGGAUGAAGCUCACAGUGUGGGAGCCAUGGGUUCCCGUGGACGAGGAGUUACUGAUUACUUUAAUGUGGACCCGAAGGAGGUGGACAUCCUGAUGGGCACCUUCACCAAAAGCUUUGGCAGUGCUGGAGGCUAUCUGGCUGGAUCUAAGAAACUCAUUGACUUUCUCCGCACCAACAGUCAUGCCCACUGCUAUGCUGCUUCGAUCUCGCCACCCAUCGCACAGCAAAUCCUUACCUCCAUGAAGACCAUUAUGGGUGAAGAUGGCACCGACAUUGGACGCAAGAAGAUCCACCAGCUGGCCAGGAACACACGCUACUUCCGCCGACGUCUGGCUCAGCUGGGAGUGAUCACAUACGGUCACGAGGACUCCCCAGUGGUGCCCAUGCUGGUGUACCUCUUCUCCAAGAUUGGCGCCGUGGUGCGAACCUUGACGACCCGCCACAUUGCCGCGGUGGGAGCUGGAUUCCCAGCCACACCCAUUAUGGAAGGACGCAUUCGAUUCUGCCUCUCGGCCGCCCACACCAAGGAGCAGCUGGAUUUUGCCCUGGAGGCGAUAGAUGAGAUUGCCGAUGACCUGGGCCUAAAGUAUUCUCGCAAGCCACGCGAUCCGAAUCCCGUAAUUUACUAGAAUCACGCGCGCACACAUAGAUGUUAAGCUUGGGGAAAAGGUAACCUCCCCGAUUGGUAAACCAAAACUACAACACAGUCCAGAUAGUGCUAAAUCAAUCACGAACGGCAACGAGUGGCUUACAUUGACCAAGUUUCAGUUGCACUGGACUUCUAUUUAUGACUAAUUCUCUGGUAAAAUGCCUUGAAAGGGAAGAUCACUUUAGCAACAGAAACAAAACACUACACUAGCUUAAAUAAUAAUAUAUUAUUAAUUAUUUAGCACUAAACCUCUACGUAGUUGUUAUUGUAUAUGUAAAAUCCAAUCGUCUUCUUUGGUCGGCUGCUGCAUUUUAAGUAUUUAUAGAAGAUUGGCAGCGCAAUGUAUUAGGCAAAUCAGGUUUUGGUUAAUUUUAGAGCUAAGCUAUGGGAACUCCCUUUUUCGUGGGACAGCCGAGCACCUCGCUUCUACCAAUUAAGCAUAUUAAGCAGAGCCAAAUGUAACGUCUAAGGCGUGGGCGAUACUAUUGUAGCUCACUAUUUUGGCCAGUCUUCGAGGAACCUAGAGGGCCAAUUUAGUGGCAUUGUCAGGAAAUAUAUAUGUAUAAUGAUUAUGUAUUAUUGAUUUUAUUUUUUCAUCAAAAAAUAAAAAAAACUGUUGCUUUAUC